AUGGAGGAGGCUGAAAUUUUAAGAAACAUCGUCCUGGAUGCAUAUGAAGUAAAUUCAUUGCAUCUUGUGGAUGUUACCUAUAUCAUCGAUCCACACAAUUUUUACAUACGACCUACUAAGUAUAGACUGGUGGUAAACCAAUUUGAGUCUACUGUGCCGAUUGCGAAAGUUUCUUUUGUCAACAUAGGAGACAUUGUCUUGUAUAACUGGGGCCAGUCCUGUGGCGCCUCUAAAUAUAUUAGAGGCAAAAUAAUUAAAGUUCUUGAGGUCGAAGGCUUCUUUGACUACGAUCUAUUUGCUAUUGAUUACGGCUUUGUCGAAAAGGCAGUUCCUCUAGAGUUUUUGUGGCAAUGUAAGGAAGAAUUUCAAACCGUACCCGCAUUAGCCGCUUUUUGUGAGCUCGGUAACUGUUUCCCACCGGGAUUGCCAAACUGGCCUGCGCAUUCAAUCGAAGGCUUUAAAUUUUACGCGGGAAAUGAGCAAUCUAAAAUGCUCAUUUUAAACAAAAAAGAUGAAAAACUGGUUGUGAAACUAGUCAAUUCCAAUCCGGAAGAUAUUGCGACUAUGUUAGCUAAAGGGGCUUAUUCAAAAUUGGGACCUCUCUACGAGGAUGUCAUGUGGCAUCCAACAACUGUUCGAAAACAGCAACAUUUCACGUUCCGAGAGCUGGCAGUUAACGAUGCUUUGCACGUCAAGGUUCUGGCUGGGACGUCUAUGAAGGAAUUCUACGUCGCUGAAAUCGGUGACUAUAGAAAGCAUUUGAAAGAGAAAAACAACAUUACCUUCUAUGCCAGGCAGGAGUUUCGAAUCUGUGAAAAUGAUAUGAUUGAGGGCAUGAUCCUAUGCAUGAGAGAUGAAAGUCGCAACAUGUAUGAAAGAGGUCUUCUGAAAAGAAUAUUAGUUGACGAGUAUAAAGCCAUAGUCCAUCUUGUUGACCAGGGCAUAGAUGUGGAGGUCCCUACUAAUAUAUUAAAAUACAUGCCAGCUAUGUGUCUGAGGAGUUCGGUACUUGCUAUUUUUUGCACGGCAGAUGAGACUCAAGCUUGGAACAGUGGGGUGGAUACAGCUUUGAGCCCUGGUCAAGAAUUUAUCAUAACCAUCAAGAAGCUCGGCUUCCAAUUUGAAUGUCCACAUCAAGUAUAUGUGGAACCCUUACAAGAUCCUCUGGGGGCGGCCGCAAUAUCCCCUGCGGAGUUAUUGCUUUUGGAAGAAGAAGAAAGGGAAAGGGCAGAAAUGGCGGCUGCCAAAGAAGCUGCCAAAAAAGAUUUGGAGGAUUUUGCUAACAUUCCAACUACAUCUGGAACUUCAAUAGCAGCUACUGUUAUACGUGAGGAUUCUGAGGAGACUGUUGAAGGUGCUGUCGGCACAGCCACUGCGGCUGACCAACAGGGUUAUGAUGAAGCUUUCUUCGUUGAACCAAUUUAA